CUCAGAACCACUCAGCCAUGGUUCCAUGAGAGAAUUAACAAGUCUGUCAGUCAAGAAUUUGGCAUUCGACAUGUCGCCAGGGUGGAUUCUGGUGUGUCUUGCCAGGAUCUGGAUCUGGAGGGGUCGCCACAACCCGCGCUAAGCCAUAUGUGGACAGAACUCUUGGCAAGCUCACAAUUGAUUUUCAUUGACUGCAUCACAGAAGUUUACCUACUUCUCUUGCUUUGUAAAUCAUCCGUCGCAAGCGCAAAUUCCUCACCAUAAGAAUCUAACAAGUUCUUCUGGAAGACUGUCCGCAUCAUGUCGAAAAUCACAGUCGCCGGAGUGCGCACGAACGUGCAACAAUUGCUCGAUUACUCUCUCAAUGAGAAGAAGCGAAAUUUCCUCGAGACCGUCGAAUUGCAGAUCGGCCUCAAGAACUAUGACCCUCAGCGUGACAAGCGUUUCUCGGGAACCAUCAAGCUGCCCACUGUUCCCCGACCUGGCAUGUCCAUCUGUGUUCUCGGUGACCAGCACGAUAUCGACCGAGCCAAGCACCACGGUGUUGACGCCAUGUCGUCCGACGAUUUGAAGAAGUUGAACAAGAACAAGAAGCUGAUCAAGAAGCUCGCCCGCAAGUACGAUGCCUUCGUCGCCUCCGACUCUUUGAUCAAGCAGAUCCCUCGUCUCUUGGGUCCCGGUCUUUCCAAGGCUGGCAAGUUCCCCACCCCCAUCUCGCACAACGAAGAUCUCGCCGGCAAAAUCACCGAGGUCAAGUCCACCAUCAAGUUCCAGUUGAAGAAGGUCUUGUGCAUGGGUGUCGCUGUUGGAAACGUCGGUAUGACCGAGGAUGAGUUGAUCUCCAACAUCAUGUUGGCCAUCAACUACCUCGUGUCCUUGUUGAAGAAGGGCUGGCAAAACGUCGGCAGCUUGACCAUCAAGGCCAGCAUGAGCCCUCCUAAGAGGUUGUAUUAGAUUACACAUCUCUGGGGAGUGGUCUCCUGGGUCAUGGUCAUGGCAACCAGAAAAAAAAAGACAUGUAUUCUAUGCUUAGUCCGCUGAUGAUGCAACGGCCAUGGAAGUUGCUCAUGGAGUAAAAAUACAAUGUGAAAUCUUGCCGACUACACUACCUGUCGACUUGCAAUGUAAUUUAACCUGUAGGCUUCUUACUGCAUACCCUCCAUCAAGUCCGUC